AUGUCUGCCUCUCUAGCGCCCGAAUGCAACGAAGUCAAAGAACGCUACGACACAUGCUUCUUGAAAUGGUACAGCGAAAAGUACCUUCGGGGGACUGGCACGGAUAACAACGAGUGCGCGGAUCUCUUCAAAAACUACCAAAAGUGUUUGACGGUCGCGCUCAAGGAACGCGGAAUAGACAAGCUGUUGGACGAGGCGCGAGAGGACCAGAAGGACAACGAUGCGACGUACAUGGGACGUAAAUGUGAGUAG